UCUGUGGUCUCAGAACUCAUCUUGCUGUAACUGGUGGCUGUGAGGUUCUGAACAUUUCUACUGGUGAUGGCAGAAGAUCAGGAGCUGACUCAGACAUGCAAGACUCCCUGGGAGACCUCCCUCCAGCAAUGCAGCAGCCACACGUACCGCAGUGCACAGCAUUCCCAGUCCUUACUCAGCGGCUUGGUCUCCCUCCGAGAUAGUGGCAUCCUGUUUGAUGUAGUCCUGGUAGUGGAAGGGAAACCCAUUGAAGCUCAUCGGAUACUUCUGGCUGCAUCGUGUGACUAUUUCAGAGGCAUGUUUGCUGGUGGGCUAAGAGAGAUGGGACAGGAGGAGGUUCAUAUUCAUGGAGUUUCCUACAAUGCUAUGUGUAAAAUCCUGAGCUUCAUUUACACCUCUGAGCUGGAACUGAGCCUGAACAAUGUGCAAGAAACCCUAACUGCCGCCUGCCAACUUCAGAUUCCAGAAGUCAUUAAGUUCUGUUGUGAUUUUCUCAUGUCUUGGGUGGAUGAGGAAAACAUCUUGGAUAUAUACAAAUUAGCUAACCUCUUUGGCUUGACCCAUUUAAGCGAGCAGCUGGACUCCUGUAUUCUCAAGAACUUUUCAACGUUUUCAAAGACUGAGAAAUACCGCCAGCUCCCCUUGGAGAAGGUCUACUCCCUCCUCAGCAGCAACCUCUUAGAAGUCAAAUGUGAGGCUGAGGUUUACGAAGGGGCACUUUUAUACCAUUACACCCCAGAACAGGUGGAAACUGAUCAGAUUUCAUUGAUGGAGCCACCUAAGUUACUGGAAACAGUGCGCUUCCCCCUGAUGGACCUCCAAAUCUUGCAAAGGCUCCAUGAUAAACUAAGCCCAUGCCCGUUAAAAGAAACUGUAGCUGAUGCCCUAAUGUACCACAAGAACGAAUGGCUUCAGCCCAUUCUUCAAAGCUCACAGACACAGGUGAGAUCAGAGUUCCACUGUGUAGUGGGCUUUGGAGGGAUGCAUUCUAUUCCGUCCACAGUCCUCAGUGACCAAGCGAAGUUCUUGAACCCCCUAUUGGGGGAGUGGAAACACUUUACUGCUACGUUAGCCCCCAGAAUGUCCAACCAAGGGAUUGCUGUUUUCAACAACUUUGUAUACUUGAUUGGGGGAGAUAACAACGUACGAGGCUUUCGAGCAGAAUCCAGGUGUUGGAGGUAUGACCCACGGCACAACAAAUGGUUCCAGAUCCAGUCCCUACAGCAAGAGCAUGCUGACCUCUGUGUCUGUGUUGUGGGCGAAUAUAUAUAUGCUGUCGCAGGGCGAGACUACCAUGAAGACCUACGGGAGGUAGAGAGAUAUGAUCCAAAAACCAACACAUGGAAGUACAUGGCACAGCUGAGGAAGGAGGUGUAUGCGCAUGCUGGAGCCACACUGGAUGGGAAGAUGUAUAUUGCAUGUGGGAGGAGAGGAGAGGAUUAUUUGAAGGAACUACACUGUUACGAUCCAGGGGCUGACCGCUGGGACAGCUUAGCUGAUAGUCCAGUCAGACGUGCCUGGCAUGGGAUGGCUGCACUCCUGGGAAAACUGUAUGUGAUUGGAGGUAGCAACAAUGACUCAGGCUAUAGGAGAGAUGUUCACCAGGUCUCCUGUUAUAGCCUAAGUACUGACCAGUGGACAAAUGUAUGCCCUUUACCUGCAGGGCAUGGAGAGCCAGGUAUUGCUGUCCUAGCCAACAGAAUCUACGUCUUGGGUGGCAGAUCCCACAACCGAGGGAUUCGGAUGGACUAUGUCCAUAUUUAUGAAGCUGAGAGAGACUGCUGGGAGGAAGGUCCCCAGUUGGAAGAUGAUAUUUCUGGGAUGGCUGCUUGUGUUCUCACUUUGCCUAGGGCUAUUCUAAUGGACACAGAGAGAUGGACUCCUGAGUGGUAUGCAGACCGACUACUGCAUCACCCAGACGUUUCCUCUGAGGUCAUGAGUGUAACAGACUGGGAGGAAUUUGACAACUCAAGUGAAGAUUAAGGACCUGAGGAUAUUUGUCUUUUUUUCAGGGAGAGAAGGAAAUGUAAGGCAAGGGAAAUUUAGAAACUUUCUAAUGCCUUUGGCAUAACGUUAAUUGAAUGAAUAUUUAUUUAAAUAUUUGGAAACGUAAAUGUUCUGCAUUCUAUUUUGCCAUAAAGCUGCCAUAUGAAAGCAACCAAAGAGCUUUCUUUUUCAAUUAAAAUGCAGAGGUUUUUGCUCUCUUCUCAACCCACAGCAUGGACCGAACAAGCAUAAAAGACCUAGCUUGGCUAGCUCCUUUGCUUCAGACUUUCAGUGUGAAAUCACUUCUUUGUUCCUCUGUAAUGAUUUUGUCAGUUUAAAACCUAAUGGCCAGGAAGAUACGACCUACUGCCUGCCUCCUGUGUAAAUUGUCAGUCCACUCAAUAGGUCAGGCAGUGAAGGUGAGUGCUGUAACAGUGACAACAUUAAGGAAGCCAAAAUCCUCCUGGCAUCUGGGCAUGCAGCCAUUGUCGUAACAGGCUUAGAAACUGUGAUCUGACGUCAGCUCACUUCUGAAUCAUGUUGCAGAUUUUAUCAAAGAGGGGGAAGACUUUUAGAAAAACACUUUGUACUGGUUAUGAUUCUCUCUCUAAUCAGAUGAACUCUCACAAAUAACAUUUGUUCACAAAUGAAAUAAUAAAUCCUUGUAGGAACUAUUG